AGGGCGACUCGCUCCGUUGGCCACCAUCGCUACCGAGGACGCGACCGACGCCACCCACCGAUGCACCGACGUUUGAAAAACUCACGGUGGCCCCGCCAGCCCCGCGGUCGCGCCGUGGCCCGUGCGUCUGGAUUUUGACUUUUUACAUUUCCUGCGACGUCUUCAUCUCGGAGCAUAACGGACGAGACGCGGCACGGCACAACUUCCAGUUUGAAAUCUUCCGUGAAAGAGCUACCCCCGGUGCGUCAAUAUUUCCCGUGUGAAAAUGUCACAGAAGCGGAGAUCCUCGGACCGUCACCGACGGAGGUACAGCGGUCUUUCGUUGCUCGCUUCCGAAGACGAACUUUACAGCCAGAUUCCGCAAGACAUUCCCGAGGAAGAACGCUCUCUCAUCCUCAUACGCAAAACUCUCGCGCGAACGGUGCGCAAACUCCAACAAGAGCACAACGUCCCCGAGGACCUUGUCCGGGCCCUCACCGUGGACGGCACAGCCGCCUUUCAAGACCUCGACAGCGACGACAUCUUGAUGAAGAUCCUUCGAGCGUCCCCGACAAAGGAGGACACGGAGUACUAUCACAAGGAGUUCGGAGCCCUGGUGGCCGAGUCGAAGGCGUGGGAUCAGCUUUUGCAGCCUGGAUACGAGUUCACACCCUACCUGCCGCCGCCGCCGAGCUGCCCCGACCCCGCUGACGUCGCGAAGAUAGAGAAUCACUACAGAAUGCUGGCCGAGAACUGCGCGCGCCUCGACCACGCGAGCUCCUUGCAGUUGGCAGAGUGCAGCAUCCUACAGGCGCGACGGAAGUUCGCGUCUCCACCGGCGGAGGCUCUUGCAUCCAGUGCUAGGCAGGGUGAGAAUGUUCUUCGACGGAGUCCGAAGAAGCCGGUUUAAUGCGGUGUCAAAAAGACGGCCGAUUUUUUCGUUUCGGUGCCUUGAAGUUCUCAAACAAUGCUGUGAAGUGACCGUUGACAAUCCCCACCUUACCCGCAGGCCUUCAGAAGCAAUUGUGCUAUGUGCAUGACAUGCAACCCAUGCGACUUAUUUAAUAGUGGUGCUGCAUGACUCAACACUGUGCUCUUACCCAGAUUUUCCAGUGAAAAUUCCAAGCAAGCGUUUAUUUUAUGUUCCACGAAUAAACAUUCUACAAACUCUCA